GAGUAGUUGGAAAGGGAAGCUGUAUAUUACAGGUCAACAAUUAUUGGACAAAAUUGACCAUCAGGAAUAUUUUUUAAAAAGUAUACCAUUGAAAGAAGAGGUAGAAAAAAAUAUACCAUCGAAUGAGAAUGAGAAUGUUGAUGUGAAAAAUAAUAUACAGUUGAAUGAAAAGGAGGGGAAAUACAAAACAAAAGAAGAAAAAAAUAGAAAUGAU